GAGCCGGGCGGGCGGACGGGGCGCGCUCCGGUGGUGCACAGAGAAAUGCCGGCAGCGCUGUUUGUCGCCGGGGCCGAUGCAGAAAUGCCGCCAUCUCCCGCGGGUAUCUGAGGAGCCCAGCCAUUACUGAAAGGCUGAAGAAAACGCCUCCCAGGGCCAUGGGACGCUGCGGCGCGAGGGCCUGGCAGGAGCUGCUGGUGCUGCUGGGCGGGCUGUGCAUGUGGGGCAGCGGCGCGCAGCCCACCCCCCCCAGCCCCACGCACAGCUCCGUGCCGCCGCUGAAGUUCCGUCUGGCUGGGUAUCCCCGCAAGCACAACGAGGGCCGGAUUGAGGUGUUCUACAAUGAGGAGUGGGGCACCAUCUGCGACGAUGACUUCACGCUGGCCAACGCGCAGGUGCUGUGCCGGCAGCUCGGCUUUGUGGGGGCCACCGGCUGGGCCCACAGCGCCAAGUAUGGCAAAGGAGUUGGGCGGAUCUGGUUGGACAAUGUGAACUGUGCGGGGAACGAGAAGAGCAUCAGGGACUGCAAACACCGCGGCUGGGGGAACAGCGACUGCAGCCACGAGGAGGAUGCGGGCGUCAUCUGCAAGGAUGAGCGCAUCCCAGGCUUCAAAGACUCCAAUGUCAUCGAGACGGAGCAGAGCCACGUGGAGGAGGUCCGUCUGCGUGCCGUGGUGUCGGGGGCCCAGCGGCGGCUGCCAGUGACAGAGGGCAUCGUGGAGGUGCGCUACAAGGAUGGCUGGGCACAGAUCUGUGAUGAGGGCUGGGACAGCAAGAACAGCCGCGUCAUCUGCGGCAUGAUGGGCUUCCCCACCGAGAAGAAGGUGAACAGGAACUUCUACAAGCUGGCCUCCAAAUCUCAGCCUAAAAAGCGCAGGGAGGACUUAGGGUCCAGGAAGAGGCUGUUUGCAGAGCGGCAGCAGCUCAACUACCGCCUGCACUCGGUGUCCUGUACAGGGACAGAGGUGCACAUCUCCAUGUGCACGUUCCAGUUCUACCGGGGCAACUCCUCGGCAGCCUGCAGCACUGGCAUGCCCGCUGUUGUCAGCUGCCUGCCCGGGCCCCUCUUUGCCACUGGCAGUGCCCAGAAGAAGAAGCAGCGCCAGCAGCAGCAAAGCCAGCCACGGAUCCGGCUGAAAGGCGGUGCCAAGGCUGGGGAGGGCCGUGUGGAGGUGCUGAAGAACAACGAGUGGGGCACAAUCUGCGAUGACCGCUGGAAUCUGCUGUCUGCCAGCGUGGUUUGCCGUGAGCUGGGCUUCGGCAGCGCCAAGGAGGCCCUCACCGGGGCACGCAUGGGCCAAGGGACGGGGCCCAUCCACCUGAACGAGGUGCAGUGCCUGGGCACUGAGAAGUCCCUCUGGAGCUGCCCCUUCAAGAACAUCACGCAGGAGGACUGCAAGCACACGGAGGAUGCGGCCGUGCGCUGCAACAUCCCCUACAUGGGCUACGAGAACCUGAUUCGGCUGAGCGGGGGCCGGAGCCGCUUCGAGGGGCGCGUGGAGGUGGCGGUGGGGGCUGCAGAAGGGGAUGAGCCGCGCUGGGGCCUGGUGUGCGGCGAAGGCUGGGGUACGCUGGAGGCGAUGGUCGCCUGUCGCCAGCUGGGGCUGGGAUUCGCUAACCACGGCUUGCAAGAAACGUGGUAUUGGGAUGCCAGCAACGUGACGGAGAUGGUGCUGAGUGGGGUGAAGUGCGCCGGCCACGAGCUGUCCCUGAACCACUGCCAGCACCACGGCAGCAGCCUGAACUGCAGGAACACGGGAACGCGCUUCGCUGCGGGCGUCAUCUGCUCUGAAACCGCCUCCGACCUGCUGCUGCACGCCCCGCUGGUGCAGGAGACGGCGUACAUCGAGGACCGCCCGCUGCACAUGCUGUACUGCGCCGCCGAGGAGAACUGCCUGUCCAGCUCAGCCCGCCAUGCCAACUGGCCCUAUGGGCACCGCCGUCUGCUCCGCUUCUCCUCCCAGAUCCACAACAACGGCCGCGCUGACUUUCGCCCCAAGGCUGGGCGGCACUCCUGGGUCUGGCACGAGUGUCACCGGCACUAUCACAGCAUGGACAUCUUCACCCACUACGACAUCCUGACUCCCAACGGCACCAAGGUGGCUGAGGGCCACAAAGCCAGCUUCUGCCUCGAGGACACUGAGUGCGAGGAAGAUGUGGCCAAGCGGUACGAGUGUGCCAACUUUGGGGAGCAGGGCAUCACGGUGGGCUGCUGGGACCUGUACCGGCACGACAUCGACUGCCAGUGGAUUGACAUCACUGAUGUCAAGCCAGGCAACUACAUCCUGCAGGUGGUGAUCAACCCCAACUUUGAGGUGGCAGAGAGCGACUUCACCAACAACGCCAUGAAAUGCAACUGCAAAUACGACGGGCACCGCAUCUGGGUGCACAGCUGUCACAUCGGUGAUGCGCUCAGCGAAGAGGCCAGCCGGCGGUUCGAGCAGUACCCGGGGCAGCUGAACAACCAGAUCUCAUAGGGCCCGGGCCCAGGGAGAUGCCAUCUCCCUCUUUCACCCUGCGUGCAGGAGGAAGCCGCUGUGGGGCUGGCGGGGGCUCACACAGCCCCAUCACAGCCUGCACUGCGCGAGGGACUGCCCAGGACUCACUGCCGGGGCUGGGGGCCCUGAGCACCGCACCUCCAGCCCUCGACCACUGGCCAGACGCUGCACCCCAGUCAGGCUGCAGCACAAGGGUACGAUCCGGGGAGGCCCCACCACCCCAGCUGUGCCUCUCCUGCUCCCCAGCCCCAGCUCCCCUCACCUUGCUCCACCCUCUCUGGGGCUCUGCCCGCCUCCGGCAGCUGGACCCCACCCAGGGACCCCCAUCCCUGCUCAGGGCCGGCCGCCCUCGCGCUCCAGCAGCCCCAUCUCCAGACAGUGUGGCUGCCCUGCACAGCAGUGCUGCCAUUGGCUGCCCGGCAGCGGUUCCCACACCCGUGUCUUAGUUGUAAUUUUAUUUUCUUGAUAAAGAUGUCAGUUCUGUA